GAACAUGUCUAUCUCUUGGCCUCUCCUUCUUGUGAUUUUAGGAACACUGUUUGAUCUUUCAGAAGCAAAAGCUUUUUUUGUUUUUGGUGAUUCUCUUGUUGACAGUGGCAAUAACAACUACUUGGAAUCAACUGCUCGAGCAGACUCGCCUCCGUAUGGCAUCGACUAUCCUACUCAUCAGCCGACCGGCCGCUUCUCGAAUGGCCUCAAUCUUCCUGACAUUAUAAGUGAGUACUUAGGUUCUGAGUCUACAUUGCCAUACUUAAGCCCGGAGCUUCAAGGCGAAAAGCUUCUUGUUGGAGCAAACUUUGCAUCAGCUGGGAUUGGAAUUCUCAAUGAUACAGGAGUUCAAUUUAUAAGUAUUAUAAGGAUCACAAGACAAUUAGAGUUCUUUCAACAGUAUCAGCAAAGGUUGAGUUCCUUAGUUGGUCCUGACCAAACUCAGCAGAUUGUGAACAAUGGUCUUGUUCUUAUUGCUCUUGGAGGCAAUGACUUUGUGAACAAUUACUACUUAGUACCUGAUUCAGCUCGAUCUCAGGAAUACUCGCUUCCCGAAUAUGUUAAAUUUUUAAUUUCUGAAUACAAGAAGAUACUCGCAAGGCUUUAUGAAUUGGGAGCUAGAAGAGUUAUGGUCACCGGAACUGGUCCCCUCGGUUGUGUACCGUCAGAGCUCGCAUUGAGAAGCCAAAAUGGUGAAUGUAAUCCUGAGCUACAACAAGCCGGAGAUCUUUUCAAUCCUCAAUUAGUCACAGCCUUGAAUGAGCUCAACAAACAAUAUGGUUCUGAUGUCUUUGUUACAGCAAAUGCCUUCAAAAUGCAUUCUGAUUUCCUCAACAAUCCACAAGAUUUUGGUUUUGUGACAUCAAAGGAGGCAUGUUGUGGACAAGGUCCAUAUAAUGGACUUGGAUUAUGUAACCAGUUUUCGAACCUAUGCCCGAAUAGAGAUACUUAUGCAUUUUGGGAUGCAUUUCAUCCUACCGAAAGAGCAACACGGUUAAUUGCAAGCCAGUUCAUGACUGGAUCCACAGAGUACAUGAAUCCAAUGAACUUGAGCACUAUCUUAGCAAUGGAUGCUAGAAACUAAAGCAUAUAUAUUAUCAUGCUUGAACUUGUAUCACAAUGUAGUAGUGUUCCUUCUUACUGAAUUAAUCUUCAUUUAGACAAUGAAGUUAAUAAGCAUGAAUGUAUAAAUUUUAUUUACCUAAAGAAUGAUCCUUAUGAGACAUGAUAUGCUGAUGAUCAAUUUACUAAUCAAGCAA